AUGCUUUUCUUCGCUUCUUCAUUCGACGACGGGCUUAAUUUUUUAUAUCCUCAAUUUUUCUUUCUUCCUUUCUUUCUUUCUUUCUUUGUUUGUUUGUUCGUACGAUUUAUUUUAUUAAUUCAUUGUACUUUUUUCUUUCAUUUUUCUUUCUUAUUUUUUCUUUUCUAUCAUUCUUUGUUUAAACUAUUUAUUUUUUUAUUUUUGUUGCACUCUUUUACCUUUUUCUUUCUUUGUUUCUUUCUUUGUUUCUUUCUUUGUUUGUUUCUUUCUUUCUUUGUUUCUUUCUUCGUAUUAUUUAUUAAUUCUUCAAUUCGAUGGACACCUUUCUUUCAUUUUUAUUCUCUCUUCUUGGCACAUAAAUAUUAUAUAUUUUUUAAUUCUUUCUUUCUUUCUUUCUUUUUCUUUCUUUCUUUCUUUCUUUCUUUAUUUUUCUUUCUUUCUUUUUUUCUUUCUUUCUACAUCUUAUUUAAUUCAUUUUUUAAAUCGUCGUACUAUUUUCUUUCUUUCUUUCUUUCUUUCUUUCUUUCUUUCUUUGUUCGUACUAUUAAUUCAUUCUUUAAUUCGUUGCAUUCUCUCUCUCUUUCUUUCUUUCUUUCUUUAAUUUUCUUUCUUUCUUUCUUUCUUUCUUUCUUUCUUUCUUUCUUUCUUUCUUUCUUCCUACAUCUUAUUUAA